UAUUGCUGGAGCUAAUCAGAAGCCUUUCCUAUAGUAGAAACUUCUACAAACAUUGUACUCUCUCUCUCUCUCUCUCUCUCUCUCUCGGUUACUAAUUAUUCCGAGACAAAGAACCUUCCAAGAUGUUCCUCCUCGUACCAAAUCCCCUUAAAAUUCCCUUCCCAAUUCUCCACGUACUCACAACAACAACAACAACAACAACAACAACAACACGCCCUUCUCUCUCAAUUCGUCUUCCUCCUCCUCCGCCAUGAGCGGCCGCAUCCUCCUCCUCCUCCCUCCGCCGCCCUCCGCCGCCGCCGCCGCGGCGGUCGAUCGCCGACACUCCCACCUCGAUGGAGUGCUUGCUGUCUCCUUCGCCGCCCUCUUCUCCCUCUCCCUCGCCUACCUCCUCCUCAGCUCCCUCCACCACUGCCGCCGCCGCCGUCGCGGGACGUCGUCGGACCGAAUCCCUGACAAAACGCAGGCCCCCGACGCCGCGUGCUCGGCCCAGCUCCAGGCUAUCCCCAUCACGACCGUCCGCAAGAAUGUGGCGGCGGCGGCAGCAACUACCCACGGCGACACACAGGCACAGAGGAGGAGAGCACGUGUGCGGUGUGCUUGGGGCAGUACAACGAGGGUGAGGAGAUCCGUACGAUGCCACGUUGUGGACACGUGUUCCACAGGGAGUGCAUCGACAGGUGGUUGAUCCGACGGUCCUCCUUCUGCCCCGUGUGCCGCGGCCGCGUGAUCCGACGGUCGGCGGAGCCCACGAUCACGAGUUGUUGGGUUGAGACCGGGCGAGUGGGGCCGGUUCCGCUUCCGAGCGCGAGCGCGGUUUCGACUCCGAUCGCGUCGGUUUUGUGAAAUAAAAAAUUGGCUAAAAUAAUAAAAUAUCGCAUCGAUUCCAAAAAAAAAAAAAAAAAAAAAAAAAAAAAAAAAAAAAAAAAAAAAAAAGCAGUUUUGAGACUCAAAUAUUUGUCGCAUGCGUUACUCGUUAUGCACUUCGAGAGGUCUCAAACUGAUGAAUCUGCAUGUAUUAUUCUAUCUCAUGAUUCACAUCAUCAUAAAUUCAUUUACAUGUAUCAGAUAUUUUAGUCUCAAAUUACUUUAGUUUGAGACAUAAAUAAAUGUGGUUUUGAGAGAGGGGACAUUGCAUGUGGUUAGGUGUAGGUUUAGGGGGGGUAUUUUUUGUUUUAUUUUUUCUGAAUUUCUUAGUUACUAGAAGAAACGACUGAAAAUAAAAAUAUUAUUUAUUAUUGUGCCCACUUGAGGAGUAGAUAGGAGUAUGAUCAAGGAUGUGACAUUAUUUUGUUUGGAAAUUUUACCCAAAUUAAGAAAUAUUGGGGUAAAUAAAUGUA